AUGUCGCCGCCACCACCUUCCCCAGACUCCCCAGCCCCCUCCUACAGCGCAACGCCUCUCAAACUCUCAGCGGACAUGUGUGUCGACAAAUGUACCGAGAAGGGCGAAGAGAAAGCGGCAACAAAUCGGCUGUACGAUGAAUGGAAGGGGGGGAGAGUGGAGGGGGUGCUUGGCCUCUGCCGCUUUUGCCGCAGUUUAUGGCCCGUUCUCUAUGAAGGGUAAUAAUUGCAACAUUGUGGUCGCCUAAUUGUGUGUUUUAUCCUUUCACUUUUCAGCCAUUUCCCCAUCAUCUGUCUUCGCCUAGUGCGUCUAGAGCUUACUGAGUUGGGUGAUAGUCGCAUCGCCCUUCUAGUCGUGAUGCAUGUGCCCUCUGAUAGUCUCAUUGCCCUCUGA